ACAGGAGGAGCACGUGACCUCAGGGUCGCCCGGCGCGGCAGAGACCAACUGCCGGGCGCGCCAAAUGUGGGGGGAGCCAGGGAUCGUUUUAGGUUGGAAGAUGGAAAUCCGCAUUUCUCUGAGAAGAGGGGAGCCAAUGUGAUAUUCACAUAAACGAUGUUGCUUGUUUCAUUAUCGAAGCAUUUCUUUUCCGUCUUCCGUCUCCGAGCUGGGCAUCGUGUUCAUUCGCUGCACCCCCGCACUCCUCUGUUGGUAGAGCCGCAAGGGGUCAACUCCUCCCAGGUUGGCGCAGAGGCUUGCGGGAGGCCAACUAGUAAAAACACCGAGAACUCUCGAGAAGAGCCGACUAUGAAGAUCCCAGGAUGGGACGGUUUCCCCCGCCCCCUAGUGCAGACGUUGCAAUCAACUUUCAGCGCUGACGCGAUCUCUAAUAGGAACGGCCCUUCACUCUCAGAAACGCGGGCCAGAGAAACCGUGGAGAACUUUUACACCUUGCUGUUUGCCUCCCAGGUUCAACAUGAUAGGAUUUGGAUUAUUAGGGCCUGGGAACAGCGUAAAGGAACGCGCGGGUCACCACCUUAAGUGUGUAUGCGGGGCCUCGCUUUAGGAAAUAAAUGAAUUCUACCAAAA